AUGGCCAGUCUCCGAACGCGGUCGUUGUUGAAGGCGUCCUGCUCGUUCUUUCGAUGGACCCGUCAUAAUUCCACGAUCAGCGCACUUCAGGCUGCUUUCCGCGACCCAUCGUCGCCAUUCCACAUCGCUCCAGGAACACAGGGCCCUGCCUCGCCGGACGAGCCCCCUUCUUCGGCGCAGUAUUCGACUUCGACUACUUCGACGAAGCACGAGGUCUCUCCCGCUGAAGCAGGCCGUCGGCUAUUGACGGAUCACGGACACGACCCAGAGUCGUUUUGGGAGCAGACAGUGCAAUGGGGUGAACACGAUUCUUUCCAACAUGUCAACAAUGUCAACUAUCUUCGAUACCUGGAAUCUGGACGCAUUCACUGGAUGCUGGCUUUGGGGCGUGAGAUAGGCGGUCCUCAGAAAGCGAAAGACAUGAUGAGUGGCAAGGGCGUCUCUUUGAUCUUGAAGUCCGUGUCCCUCAACUACAAGCGGCCCGUGACAUAUCCGGACACACUUCUGAUAGGACAUAAACCGCACGUCGUACGCGAGGGCGACAAUACUCAGUUCGGGUGCAAAGCGAUAAUAUAUUCGUACGCCCAACAGAAAGUCGUCACCACAUCAGACUCGACGCUCGUUUGGUAUGACUACGACCGUCUAUGCAAGACUGAGCCAGAUGGACGAAUACUGGACGUGCUGCAACGGAGAAUGAGGCUUGAAGUAUGA